CCAAUACCGCCUUUGAAAGCAGCUGUUCAUCAUUUUGAUAUCGUUACCAAAACUAGCAUAAACGUGAUGAGAAAGGCACGGGCGUCCGCCAUUACAUCCGUGAUAUUAAUAUGCCGAUUGCUGUGGUGGUUUCGUCAUAAUUGUUCCAAACGGAAGCUAUUCUAUUAUUCAUUUUGAUACACACUGGUGCAUUGCAAACUCGAUGACUACCUUGUGGACUACCCAACGCGUGUAUGCCUUUGUCGCCUGAUACCAUAUCACCCUUGUCUGCUUAGGAAAUACACAAUAGCCUACUCCUAUUAUCCCCCUUUUUUCUGUAAAAAAAUGAUGAAGUUCGUUCUGAUACUGUUCAAAUCACCUCAACCAAUAUGAUUACGCGUAUGGACCAUAUCGGCUUUCUUUGGACUCCAUGAAUCUCCAAAUAGUGGACGGUUUGUUUAUCUCCACGAGUUGGUUGGUUGGGGACCGGGGUGGGGAAGUAGGUAAUAGUUCUUGCAGCUGAACAUGUCGCAUAUCUUUCUCAAGCAUGUUUUACUGAUUUUGAUGACUGGUGCUAUGGUGGGGGUAUUUCUCCUCUUUCGUGAGCAUGCGGGCAUCCGGCAGUUUGAAAGAAACUAUAAGACUGAGGAAUCUGGUCGAGAACAUUCUAAAGAAUCAAGACCUUCUCGACGGGAAUGCACGCGGAAGAACAACAUCGGGUUCUUCAAGAUGCACAAGUGCGGCAGCAGCACCAUGCAGAACAUCCUGAUGCGAUACGGCGACAGACACAAUCUGAAUUUUGUACUUCCGUGGCGCUCGAACGUGUUCAGCCAGACACAUCUGAGAUUAAGCAGGGACUUGGUGAAGUCUUUUCCUGGUCACGACUACAACAUUCUCUGCCACCACACGCGAUAUAGCAAAGAAGGAUUUGAUUCUUUGUUGCCGGCUGACUCUACAUAUGUGACUAUUAUCCGGGACCCGACCACCCUCUUCGAAUCCUUGUACACCUACUUCCGUUACGACGAGCGUUUCGGCGUUCCCUUAGAAACCUUCCUGGAGAACCCGCAACAGUAUGGCCGAUCCAACAGUUAUGGAUACGAGGGCACCGGAUGCUACGCCAAAGACAGUAUGCUCUUUGAGCUUGGUCUUGAUGAUAUCGAAAAGGCCGAUCCCAAGGUCAUCGAGGAAAUGAUCCACAGGACGGCCUCCGAAUUCGAGCUCGUCAUGAUCAUGGAGUACUUCUCCGAGUCACUGAUCCUGCUUAAAGAACUCAUGUGCUGGGAUAUUGAAGACGUCUCCUACUUCGUGGUGAAUGGCCGUGCCACCUCUUUCAUCAAUAAACUAUCUGACGAAACGGCAGAGAGAAUACGAAAGUGGAAUGACGGGAACACCAAGUUAUAUCGUUUCUUUAACGAGACGUUCUGGAGGAAGGUGAAAAAAUUUGGAGAAGACCGCAUGCGGGAGGAAGUAGCCAAACUCGAGGAGUUGAAUAAGAGAAUGGCCGACCGAUGUGUCCAGACAGAAAUUCUCAAUGCUGUGUGGCACCCGGAUGGUGUAGAUAUCAAGAGUUAUAAAGUGAAAGACUCGGCAAGAAACGACCGGGAUUGUCAGUUGAUAACAAAAGAAGAACUUGCGUUCACUAAUUACCUCCGGAAGAAACAGCUCGAAAAAUAUUUUGGACUGAAACUCAUGGACGAACUAUGACAUAUUGCAUACAUUUUAAUAGAGAAAUAAAGAUUUGGGUAAAAGCCUU